CGUUCCUUCACUCUCAUCGUGGAGGCCUGGGACUGGGACAAUGAGACUACCCUGGAUGAGGAACUGCUGAUUGAGCGGGUGUCACACGCGGGCAUGAUCAACCCUGAGGACCGUUGGAAGAGCCUGCACUUCAGUGGCCAUGUGGCCCACCUGGAGCUGCAGAUCCGCGUGCGCUGUGACGAGAACUACUACAGUGCCACGUGCAACAAGUUCUGCCGGCCCCGCGAUGAUUUCUUCGGGCACUACAGCUGCGACCAGUAUGGCAACAAGGCUUGCCUGGAUGGCUGGAUGGGCAAGGAGUGCAAGGAUGCUGUGUGCAGACAAGGCUGUAACCUGCUCCACGGGGGAUGUGCCGUGCCUGGGGAGUGCAGGUGCAGCUAUGGCUGGCAGGGGAGGUUCUGUGACGAGUGUGUCCCGUACCCUGGCUGUGUGCACGGCAGCUGCGUGGAGCCCUGGCAUUGCGACUGUGAGACCAACUGGGGUGGCCUGCUGUGUGACAAAGACCUGAACUACUGCGGCAGCCACCGCCCCUGCACCAAUGGGGGCACGUGCAUCAACGUCGAGCCUGACCAGUACCGCUGCGCCUGCCCUGACGGCUACUCGGGCAAGAACUGUGAGCGGGCCGAGCAUGCCUGUGCUUCCAACCCGUGCGCCAAUGGGGGCUCCUGCCAUGAGGUGCCAUCCGGCUUUGAAUGCCACUGUCCGUCGGGCUGGAGUGGGCCCACCUGUGCACUUGACAUCGAUGAGUGCGCCUCGAACCCGUGUGCAGCAGGUGGCACCUGUGUGGACCAGGUGGAUGGGUUCGAAUGCAUCUGCCCCAAGCAGUGGGUGGGGGCCACGUGCCAGCUAGACGCCAAUGAGUGUGAUGGGAAGCCGUGCCUUAAUGCUUUUUCUUGCAAAAACCUGAUUGGCAGCUAUUACUGUGAUUGCCUCCCGGGCUGGAAGGGCGCCAACUGUCACAUCAACAUCAAUGACUGUCGUGGGCAGUGCCAACAUGGUGGCACCUGCAAGGACCUGGUCAAUGGGUACCAGUGUGUGUGCCCUCGGGGCUUUGGAGGCCGGCACUGCGAGCUAGCGCGUGGGGAGUGUGCCAGCAGCCCCUGUCGUGGAGGUGGCGUCUGUGAGGACCUGCCUGAUGGCUUCCACUGCCACUGCCCCAAGGGCCUCUCAGGGCCACUCUGCGAGGUAGCUGUGGACUUCUGUGAGCCAAGCCCUUGCCUGAAUGGUGCAAGCUGCUACAACCUGGAGGGUGACUACUACUGCGCCUGUCCUGAGGACUUUGGUGGCAAGAACUGUUCUGUGCCCCGGGUGCCGUGCCCAGGCGGAGCCUGCAGAGUGAUCGACAGCUGCGGGUUUGAGGUGGGGCCCAGUGUGGUGCCCUCCGGUGUGUGUGGCCCCCAUGGGCACUGUGUCAGCCAGCCAGGGGGCAACUUCUCCUGUGUCUGCGACAGCGGCUUCACAGGCACCUACUGCCACGAGAACAUUGAUGACUGCCUGGGCCAGCCCUGCCACAACGGGGGCACAUGCAUCGAUGAGGUGGGCGCCUUCCGCUGCUUCUGCCCCAGCGGCUGGGAGGGCGAGUUCUGUGACAUCGAUUCCAACGACUGCCUUCCCGACCCCUGCCAUAGCCGCGGCCGCUGCCAUGACCUGGUCAACGAUUUCUACUGUGCAUGCGAUGAUGGCUGGAAGGGCAAGACCUGCCACUCCCGUGAGUUCCAGUGUGACGCCUACACCUGCAGUAAUGGCGGGACCUGCUAUGACAGUGGGGAUGCUUUCCGCUGCGCCUGCUUACCUGGCUGGAAGGGCAGCACCUGCACCAUUGCUGAGAACAGCAGCUGCCUGCCCAACCCAUGCAUGAAUGGGGGCACAUGCGUGGGCAGCGGUGACUCCUUCUCCUGCAUCUGCCGGGAUGGCUGGGAGGGCCGCACCUGCACACACAACACGAAUGACUGCAACCCUCUGCCCUGCUACAAUGGUGGCAUCUGUGUGGAUGGCGUGAACUGGUUCCGCUGCGAAUGUGCCCCCGGCUUUGCGGGGCCCGACUGCCGCAUCAACAUUGACGAGUGCCAGUCUUCGCCAUGUGCCUACGGGGCCACCUGCGUGGAUGAGAUCGAUGGGUACCGUUGCAGCUGCCCACCCGGCCGAACCGGUCCCCGCUGCCAAGAUGUGAUCUGGUUCGGGAGGUCCUGCUGGUCCCGGGGGAUGCCAUUCCCACAUGGCAGCUCCUGGAUAGAAGAUUGCAACAGCUGCCGCUGCCUGGAUGGCCACCGAGACUGCAGCAAGGUGUGGUGUGGCUGGAAGCCUUGUCUAUUGUCUGGCCAGCCUGCUAGCCUCAGCGCCCAGUGUCCGCCGGGGCAGCAGUGCAGGGAGAAGGCCCCGGGCCAGUGUUUGCAGCCGCCCUGUGAGGCCUGGGGUGAGUGUGGUGCCGAGGAGUCCCUGCCGCCCAGCACCCCCUGCCAGCCUCGCUCCAGCCACCUGGACAACAAUUGUGCACGCCUCACACUGCGCUUUGACCGCGACCACGUGCCCCAGGGUACCACUGUGGGUGCCAUCUGCUCUGGAAUCCGCUCCCUGCCUGCCACAAGGGCAGUGGCCCGGGAACGUCUGCUUCUGCUACUCUGUGACCGGGCGUCUUCAGGGGCCAGCGCCGUGGAGGUGGCCGUGUCCUUCAGCCCUUCGAGGGACCUGCCCGACAGCAGCCUGAUCCAGGGCGCAGCCCACGCCAUCGUGGCUGCCAUCACCCAGAGGGGCAACAGCUCACUGCUGCUGGCCAUCACUGAGGUCAAGGUGGAGACCGUGGUCAUGGGCGGCUCUUCGACAGGCCUGCUGGUGCCAGUGCUGUGCGGCCUGUUCAGCGUGCUGUGGUUGGCCUGCGUGGUCAUCUGUGUGUGGUGGACCCGGAAGCGCAGGAAAGAGCGGGAGAGGAGUCGCCUGCCACGAGAUGAGAGCACCAACAACCAGUGGGCCCCGCUCAACCCCAUCCGCAACCCCAUUGAGCGUCUGGGUGGCAUUGGGCCAGGCAGCGGGGCCCACAAGGACGUGCUGUACCAGUGUAAAAACUUCACGCCGCCGCCGCGCAGAGCUGGCGAGGUGCUGCCCGGGCCAGCAAGCCCUGGGGGUGGCGGGGAGGAUGAGGAGGACGAAUUGGGCCGUGCGGACGAGGACUCCCCGGAGGCAGAGAAGUUCCUCUCACACAGAUUCACCAAAGACCCCAGCUGCUUGCCAGGGAGGCCAGCCCGCUGGGCCUCGGGCCCCAAGGUGGACAACCGUGCAGUCAGGAGUGUCAAGGAUGUGCACUAUGCUGGCAAAGAGUAGGGCCACAGCCGCCCCUGCGAGCGGCUGCCACCACCGCGCCCGAACCUGGAGCCUCACCACGCCACACUGCCUGCCAUACCAUAGGAGGCCAGACUUUGUGCAUAGUUUCUUUAUUUUGUGUAAAAAAAACACCAAAAACAAAAAACAAAUGUUUAUUUUCUAUGUUUCCUUAGCCUUGUAUAAAUUAUUCAAUAACUGUUAGGCAGCGAGCAGCAGAGUAUUCUCGGAUAGUUGCUAUUUUUGUAAAGUUUCCGUGUGUCACACGUGCUGUGUGGCAGGCGAGAGCAGAGUGUGUUUGUGUUCUCACCAAAUUGUGUGGCCUUUGUCUCCAGAGGUCAUGCACUGUUUACAGAAUCUUCUUUUUUAUUCCUCACUUGGGUUUCUCUGUGGCUCCAGGCCAAAGAGCCCGUGAGACCUGUGGCUAUAGGUGUGGCCGGGGGCCCUGAGUGGAACCGUGGCUGGCAGGUGACCCAUGGCCAUCAGAGAGGCCAGGACCUGUUAGUGGGACCCAGAGCUGUCAGUGGGACCUGCGGUUGUCAGCCUAGCUUGGCUGUCAGUGGGACCUGUGGCUGAUAGCAUGGCUGCCUUGUGGCUGACAGUGUGGCCCAUGGUUGUUGUGGGACCUGUGGCUGUUGGUGGGGCCCAUGGCUGGAGGUGGGACCUCUGUGGUCAGUGUGACCCUGGUUGCUGCUGUGGCCCAGGUCACCGGUGUGGCCCGAGGUGCUGCCUGCCCAGCCUGCCGUCCGUGCUUCUCCCACCCAGACCUCUCCAGAGACCUCUCAGCUCUGCUUCCAGAAGUGCCCUUCCCCACCGCAUGUCCCCUCCCGGGACGCGGCAGAACCGAAGCUUGUGACAAGUGCCUUCACACAGACCCCUCGCAACUGUCAGCGUUCGCCGCGGGCACCAGGCUCUGCCCCCGCCAACUCUGGCCGCCCCUUGUGAAAGUGCAUUUCUGUACAUAUGUACAUAUUAAAUGAAUCACUCUGUAUAUUUGAUUUCAUAACUUAAA